UAUUUUAUAUGUUAUAUUAAAUUUGAUACCACUUUGUUUUGAAGGAUACUGUAGUGUUUUUGUUUAGAGAUUGUUGAGGAAAAAUUCAAGAUGGCGGACUCUAGAAGACUUGAGUAAUUCUCGGCUAUGAGUAUGAAAGAAGUCCCAGAAAGAAAACCCAAUAAGGAUAGGACUUAGAGUAGGAUGAAUGAAUUAGAUCCGGGCAGCGAGUCGUACCGGGACGCUAUGUCCAGUGUGGUGAUUCUCUCCUGCCAGCCGAACUCCCACCCCUUCCAGGAGCGACACAUCUCCCUGCUCGAGCCCGUCAAAAUCGGCCGCUCUGUUGCCCGAGCUCGGCCCGCCUCUAACAACGGCAUCUUUGACUGCAAGGUGCUGUCCAGGAACCAUGCUGUGGUCUGGUACGAAAAUGGCAAGUUUUACCUGAAGGACACAAAGAGUAGUAAUGGGACCUUCAUCAAUAACCAGCGCCUCAGUCGGGGCGGGGAGGAGAGCGCGCCCCGGGAAGUCUUCUCCGGCGACCACAUACAGUUCGGGGUCGACGUAAUGGACAAUAACAAGAGGGGAGAGAAAAUCACACAUAACUGUAUUAUAGCCACAGUAACAUUAUUCCAUCCAGACGGACGGGAAGCCAGAAACAUAUACUCUGAAUCAGGGCAGUUUUCUAACACAGUGACACCUGGUGUUACGAUUCAAUCUCAGGAACUCUACCAGCUUGCUCAGUAUCUGCAGGAAGCUUUACAUAGAGAGAAAAUGCUGGAACAGAAACUGGGCAAACUACAGCAACUUGUGGACAAUACACAGGAAGCGUCGGAGAACGGGUGGCAGGCGCUGAUUGACGAGGACCGGCUACUGUCACGACUAGAAGUCCUAGAGAACCAGCUACAUAUCUACUCCAAGAACCAUGCAGAAGAUACGUUACGACAAGAAGUGGUAACCCUGCAGGAAGAAAAGAAUACAUACGAAACAACUGCCAAAGAAUCUCUAAAGAGGGUGUUACAAGAAAAACUGGAGGCUGUCCGUAAACUUUCAGACCUUGAGCGCUCACUUCACAACACGGAGGAUGAGUGUGCUCACCUGAAGGACAUGUGUGAGAAAGCUCAAGAGGAACUGAUGGCACUCGCCGAGAAAUACCAGGACCAGCAAAAAGAGGUCAUAGAGAUCCAGGAGAAACUUCAGGAGGCGGAGAGACAGCACCUAGAGGAGGUGGAGAAGAUCCGACAGGAGAAACAGGAGUUGAGCGAGAAGCUCCAGGACAUGAUCCACCAGGAGACGAUCCUCACCGCCAAGAUGGAGUCCCUGCAAGCCGACAACGACAUUACAAGGGAGCAGCUCGCCGCCAUGAAAGAAAAACUUGAAGCCAUCAAAGAACCAAAGGAAAAUGCCAUUGAUGAAAAGGAAAAUGGUGAAGGGCUCACAAAUGGAGAGAGACAGACUGAUGAAAUGAUUGACACUGGUGAUAAAAAGAUAAUCGUAGGGGAUGAUAUCAAGAUAAUACUGAAAGACGACGAGAAUGAUAAUAAGUUAGAAGACAUUCACAAGUCUGACAGCCUGAACCAUGUCCAAAACAAUAUGGAUGAUGUUGAUUCCAUGAAAAUAUUAACCUCAGAAAAAGGCAGCCCUGAUGAUCUUCAAGGAAAAUUAAAAGAAGCACAAAAACAAAUAGAAAAAUAUAAAGAACUAAUUAGUAAAUCAGAUGAAAAGUUGAAGGAGAGUGAAGAGAAGUUGGAGGCUAUUCAGAAGGAGCUGGAGAGAGCUGAGACAGAUGCCAAACAAUACAUAACCAAGAUUGCCUCACUAGAAGAAAAGCUUAAGCUGUCGGACUUGCACAUGAAUCUAAUGAUGGAAAGUACCAUGGCUGAUCUGAAGCAGCAACUUAAAGUUUCCCAACACCAAAACGACAAUAGCUCAGGACUCAUCUCAGAACUACAGGACAAGGUACGGGUUCUGGAGAGUGAAAUCAUGGGUGCGCGGCUACCGUCAGAUAAGAUGGAAGCCACUUUGGUGGCAACCUGUGCUUCCUCCCCGUCCACCCCCUCAUCUUUGUCUCAUAUGGACGAGUCUAACGACUCGGGUUUGGAGGACGAUGACAAUCUUAAAGAAUUGUUAAGGGAAGCCAGGAUCUUACAAAAUAAAGCCGAGGCAGAGCUGAAGAAAUGCAAAGAUGAGUUAAAUGUCAGCAAAACAGAAGUACAGAAAAAGGACGAAGAAACCAUCACCCUGAAGGACCAACUGUCUGACGUCCAGAAACUGACCGAGGACCAGUCCAAAAUGGUGGUCGACCUGCAGGAACAACUAAAGAAAGCAGAAACCCAAACCAAAGAGGUGAAGCAGCAGAUACUGGAUCUAAGGGACCAGUUAAUGGAGGAACAGAAAAUAGCUAAAACUAGCCAGGAAGAUCUGGUCACCAUUACAAGUGAACUGGACCAGGAGAAGACAAGGAAUAAAGAAAUCAAGAAAGAACUAGAGGAAUCCAAAACUAAGCACCUGGAGAGCCAGCAGUCUGCCAAACAGAGUCACAACGAGGCUGAACAGCUCAAGAACAAAGUUCGCCAGCUACAAGAGAGACUGGACUCAGAUAGACGAACCCCCUCCCACUUUGGCUUUAGGAGCCUGCAUCAGGACUCGCAUGGUCGAGAUUCGCAUGGCCGCGAUUCUCACAGUCGCGAGCUUUCUCACGGAAGCUCAUCUCUCAGGGAUUCUCAUGGCACACAUAGGGACCUCCACAAAACUAACAGCGGGGGGCAUCCUCCCCCCUCCAGUCCUUCGGGGAAACAACGAGGUAAUAUAAUGGCCGAAUUUAAUGCUCUCAAGGAAGAAUGCUCAAGUCUUCGGAAGAGAAUUCAGGCCAUCGAGGCUGAGAUGAAAAUGUCACGUAAGGAGAACUUGCAGCUGUCGGCGGAGUACAACAAGCUCCAGGAGUCGUACCGCCAGCUAGAGGCCAUGAAGGAACAGCUGGAGACCCAGGCAUCAACAUGGCAGUCCAAUCUGACCGACUCGCAGAAAGAGACGGAGCAGACACGACAUCAGGUGGGAGACCGACAGCCAAUCAGAGGUUUGGUAACGGCAGGGUCAAAUGUCACGGGGUCACCAGGUCAACAGCUGGAAGAAGCCGCGGCUGAGCUGGCCAGUCUGAGGUCAAAGUGUCAGGAAUACAAGGACAAGGUCAGCGAGUUAGAGGUCGAGAUGAGCCUCGUCCACGAACAAUACAAACACCUGUCAGACCGGACCAAAGUGUUGUCUUUCGCCUCCAGCAUCCCCCUGUUGAUGUUGCUGUUCGCCAUCCUGAUGGCCCUCUACCCCACCCUGGCUCAAAUCACCGCCACCACCGUCUGACGUCACCAGGGGAGACCACUGCUGAUUUACCCUCAUCCACAUCAGUUGAAUGUUUGAUGAAUGCUGUCUGUAAAGUGUGUUUUGUCAAGAGCAAAAGCAAUAAGAGAGGUUUUUUUGUUUUUUGUUUUUUUUCUUUUUUGCCUGUAAGUUGUAUGAAUGUGUUUGGUUUGUUCAGAAGUUUGAUGAGUUUAUCAUGUUCAUAUUUAGUAUGUUAUUAUUUAGAUACUGAGUUUUUUGUUAUUGUAUAUAGAAGGAUGUCUGUAAAUAUGUUAGUCUUUACAUGGAUAUCUUCUUUUUCCUCCUUGAAAUGUCCUGACAUUAUUCAUGGUCUGAUGCAAUUUGUGUCAAAUGUAAUUUGUAUUGAAACCUUUGGAUAUUUGGUCAGCAGAGUCUGGAUUGUCUGUAGCCAGGAUGUGCAGUGUAACGUGUUAUCUGUACUGUAUGUGUGACACUGCCAGUGCUGUUUGUAGUGACCACUUUUAGUGCUAUCAGUACCUCACUGCAAUAACUUUUCCAGUGUCACUCCUGAAACCAUCACUUAAAUACAGAUUUUGUUGCUUUAUUUCGCUAUUUGCAGUGCUGGUGAAUUUAAUGUCACAUUACAUGAAAGUGUAUCUAUUUAUUAUUCAGCUGUACAUAGAAUUUUUAUCACCGUCACGCAGAAGAAAAGGUGUUUAAACGGUUCAUCAGAAAUAAAAAUUAUUAUUUUGAUAGAGUAGAUAUUCUCGCAGAGCUCAGUUUUUGUCAGCCUGUAUUGUUGACAAGAAAUCUGUAUGUAGAUGAAGAGUUGAUGUAUUUCUGGUUAUAUUGAGGAGUUGGUAAUAUGAAGUGAAUUAUUUAUUUCUUGAUUGUCUCAGUCAGCUAGGCUCUCCAAAUAAUAGAAAGACAAGGGACAGGUGUAGCUUGUGAUGUAUGUGUUGAUCAGAUCUUGAAGAAUGAUUUUGUGAGUCUGGCCAAUUCCUUUUUCUAUCACAGUUUGAUUAAGAUUUGAUACGUUCAGUGGGUUAAAUUUGCUCAAGUUUUAAACAUUUUAAUUAAAUCUAUCCUGAUUCCACUUUGCAAAUGAAAUUUGGAUAUAAAGAAAACUGUGCACAUUGUUUAGUUACAGCUUUACUAUUUAUUUUUGUCUAUUUAUUUUUGUCCUUGAGUUUUUUUUCUAUUAAAGCUUUUGAAGAAAGUUUUAUUUUCCUAGCCUCUAUGUUGUUUGAAAAAAAACACACCAAGAUUUAAUAUUAUCGGUAGUCUUCCUUGGAUGUGAUAGACACAUACCCACCCCUUUUGUGACCCCCCCCCCCCCUUUUCAGUCUUCAGUCAUUGAUUUUAUUUGUCCCCUGGAGAACUCUUCCAUGUGAAGGGGCCCCUUAGGGGGAGCAUGGUUUUAUCACACCUUAAAUUCCAUCGGUGUUUUCUGUUGGGUCUGCUUUCAUUGGAUAUACUUUCGUUUUUCAUCAAAAUAAAAGCUUUCAUGUCAUCCAUGAUAGAAACACCAAUUAGAUCUGAAGAUCUGGUCCAUGUCCAGAGGUGUCUUCUGUGUUCUGUUUAACCCCCCACCCACACCCUUAAUUUUCUUCUUUGUGUCUGUGUGUUUGAGUGGUUUGAAUGUGUAUAUAAAUGUACAUAAUUAUAUAGCAGAUAAUAUAUAUAUAUAUACUGUGACCAGUUUGUAUAUAGGUAAAUAUAUAGAACCCAGAAUUUGUCUGUGCAAAAGACAUCAAACAUUCAGCAAGGCUGUCUCAUUAUAUUUUGAUUUAUACCAAGGCAACAGCCAAUCACCAGCACUGUUUCAUUUACUGUUGUUGAAACAUAUAUCUUCAGAAGUAUAUUCCCAUUUCAUGCAAAUGUAAACCAUUCCUUGCAUAUGAUGUAUAAAACUAUAUAUUCGAAGAAAAAGAUUCAUGUUUUGCCCAUGUCAAUGAACUUCUUUACAUAAUUUUAAUACAUGUAUCACAUUUUCUUUAUCAUGUUAUUCUAAUGCAGAAGUGCAUAAAUUACAACCACAGGGUACUUUCAUUUAUAAUGCAUUCUUGUUUAAGAUAAACUAUAAUUGUAUGAUACCCAAGACAUAAUGUAAGUUGGAGCAAAGGAAAAUAAUUCACUAUAUCCUUAGAGUUUUGGUCAGUGCACCUCUUAUUUUAUUGAAGGUUCAUACAUUAUCUUGAGAUGGCCUGCUUUUUGUGAUUUGUCUUAGUCGGUGACAUUAUUCUGGGAAACAUUUUGUAACAACACCAACAAUUUACUAAUUCGAUUUGUUUUUUUUUUAAACUAUUACUUCAAAUGUUGACAAUAAAGCUAUGCAGAUAUGCAGUA